AAAAGAAACUGAAGGAAGGAAGUAUUACAUGUCUUGCUGAUCAGAAAACUGUUUCUGAAGUAUUUGGACAAACUACAUAUAUAUGUAGUAAAAUCUAAAAAGGUUGAAAGUAUCUGGAGAGCAUGGGUUAUGAUAUUGAGCGUUUCGUUGGCUAUGUUAAUGAAGGGCUAUUAUGCUCCAUCUGCCGUGAUGUGUUAGAAGACCCGUUACAGGCUCCUUGUGAACACGCUUUCUGUACUGCUUGUAUACAUGGGUGGCUUGUUCAUCACAGUAACUGCCCUGAAGACAGACAAAUGAUUGAUGUAUCUUUGCUGCGGCCUCUCUACAGAUAUAUGAAAAAUGAUUUAAACCGUCUUCAGCUACAUUGCAAAAACAGAGAAUAUGGCUGUGAAAUGGUUUGUUCUCUGGAGUCUAUAGACAGGCAUGAAAGGGAGUGUGAAUACAGUCAGAUACCUUGCUCCAAUGCCGGUUGUACAGUUCAGAUUGAACGACGUAACUUGGAUGGUCACCUGGCAGUGUGUGAAUAUCGGAGCCGUGAAUGCCCCAAUGGUUGUGGCUACACCAUUCUCAGCGCGGAAGACACGCAGCAUAAUUGUGUAGCAGAGCUAAGAACUGAGCUAGAACUACUGCGGUCAGAAAUGAUCUGCAGAGUGGAGGAGGCAAAACAUGAGAUGGAGUCAAGGUUAGAUUCACAGAGAAGGCAUAUGGUCCAAAAAGAGAGUAUUCUGCAAAAUGAAAUUGAAGAACUAAAGAGUCAGAUGUCACGAAUGAUGUCAGAUGUACGUUCUCUGAUGGCUGCAGAGAGGCAGCACCGUCAGGAGCUGGAGCAGGCAGAGCUGGAAAAACGGGAAUUAAUGGAGCUGCUGAGGGGGCUGCAGAAGGACUGUCGAUUAACUACUACAGAAGGAAGCAGGAAGUCAACAAGUUUCCGCCCUCUGACACGACUAGAGAGUGUAAAACGAAAACCUAGGGAAGUUACAGUUAUCUGAACAGAAGUAAGCUCAAAAAGCAUUUUCUUCCAAUUUCUGUGACCAUCUGGCAAACUUUUCUAGUUUCUAGGAAUGAUUGGUAAACUUUAUAUCAUUUCUGAUUUACUUGUUUUCUUUCAAAAUCUGGAUUACUACUUUAUUUCCUCUUGGGGCAUAAAAACAAAUGGGAGAAUUUUCUCUUGGGGAACACUGGGCAUUAAAAACCAGUAAUUGGCAAAUAUGUUUUUAGCUAAUGUUUUUAUAAAAAGGGGGAAGGAGACUUGAUUUGUUAUCUCUUCAGUGUAUCAUUUACAGGAGUCUUUGAAGCCUGAAAGCUAGAGCCUUUUAAAGUCAAAGAUACUUAAAGGUUGUUUCCUUCCUGGUCCAUUAUAGUCCGUGUAAGUCUAGUUUAUGCUUAUACUUGAAACAGAAAGAAAAUGUGAUCAUCAGUAAUGACAUUUGGGAUGUACUUAAUUUUGGGAAAAGUCAGUAAUAGAAUUAGUAAGUCAGUAAUAGAAAUUAAUAGAUUUUGUUUGUUUAUAGUCUGUAGAAGGUCUAUUUCAAAGGUUGAAAGAAAGCACUUUAAAUUGUAAUUCUACUGCUAUGUAACAGCUUCAGGUGAGGUUGACUUUUACAUUAGAGCUUCUCUAAUUUCACAGGCUGAUACACACUUAAGUCACUAAUACCAAAGCGCAAGGUAAUAGAGUCAUCUAAAACCUUUUAAAUAGAUGUGUGAGUAACUUUGAGUUUGUGGGAGGGGAUCUGCAUUUUAUUUAAAAAUUUGAAGCUUUUAUAUGUGAAAGUAUCAACUAUUUCUACAGGGUCCGUUAAGCUUAAGAGCAGCUCAUUUGGUACUCAGUAUCUUUUAAAGCAUAUAUAAAUACCUAGAGUAUCCUUAAUUUUCUUUUGGCAGGUUUCAGGCUACUCGAACAUUAAUAUCCACAACAGACAAAUAUUUGCAGAGUCACUUGGACUUCAGAUGUUCUUUAUUAGUAUUCAAGUUUUAAAUUGUGUAAGAGGUAGGAUUUUUUAACAGACCCAUAAAUACUGAAUCAAGGGGGUGUUUAUCUGUAAGGACUGUAUGGGAAAUCUGUACAGUUCAAAGACUUUUCUCUAAACUUCUCACACAGCCUGUUCAUGUUGUUUUCAGUGGUGUAACUAAGCCAUAUUCUGUCCAUUGCAGUUCUUCAGUGGAGUAACUAGGGAAGAACCUGGCCUCCUGUUUACUGAAUGUGCUAAAUCAGUUUUGAACUUUCAGGAAAAUGUGUGCGGGUGUAACAAUCUGAAUAAGCUAAUUUUAUAGUUUAGAAAGCAAAUACAUUACUGUGCAUGUCUUGCUGUCACUCAGAGCAACGCUUUUAUGGCUAAGAGCGUAACCAAAGAGAGAGGCAGCAACCUUCUUUAGCACAUACACUACAUUAUGAAGACUUGCAGUCAGAGCUGUCUUAAUUUCAGGCAUUAAUAAAUCUUUCUAACUUGCUGUUUCUUUAGUAUCACUGAAGCAGAUGUGCACAUGUUCAGGUCUUAUGCAUUUAAAAACUGGCAGAAAUAACUCUUCUGUAAAAGUUUUGGGUUUUUUUUCUGAAAGAAAACAUUCAUAGGAAGAGUUACAUCCAAAUAUUUACUUGUUUUCAGUCCUUGUAUUCUAGAUUAAAUUGCAAUCAUUGGCAGUAUUUAGGUCACUAUAGCAGUCUCACCAACUCAUGACAUAGCACAUCUCUUAAGCAGCCAUAUUUAACAAUCUGAAACAGUAAGACAGUAGCUAUAAUUUGGAAGACCUUCAUUCACACUAAACAUUCAGUGGUCAAUUCACAUAAAUCAGUGUGCGUAUUAAAGCUGUAGAUAGAAAGUAAGAAUGCUUUUAUUAUCUUGUGUUCUAAAUAAGCAAGUGUUAGUGUCUGUGGUCUGUGUGACUGACUCUGUUUCAGCAUUCACGCUAAUUCUGAAGCUUCUUGGCAACACCAGAUUUCAUGCUAUUAGAAUCAAUCAGUGCUUUCUGUGUACUGUAACUGUGUGGUUUUGUGAUGUGACUUUAUCUACUUUGCUUAAUGUGAAAGAAGAAAAUUACUUCAAAAUCCUAUAGAACUCAGAUGAGCUGGAUCAUCUUUCCCAAGUUGGAGGGCGGUAAUGAUCACCCAAUCUUUUCUGUUCUGAUCGCAGAAAAAGAAUUCAUUAGCUCUGUGCUUUCUCCAUAAUGGGAUCUGCAUAUUUGUUUGUUUUAGGAAUUCCACCUGCUUACUUAUGACUAAAUUCCUUCUAGUAUAGGAAAUAGGGUUUAUUUAAUAUUUACUUAGCAUUUGGUCUGCUGUCAGUCCCCUAAGUGACAGGCAUGAAACUGUGUGAGAAAACAGGUCCUAGGUGGUAAAGAAGGACUUCCUGCUGCACAAUCUAUGUAACUCCCCUAGUUGCCAGCUCUGGAGAGUCUGAACUUCUAGUGUUGAAAUAUGGCAACAAUUUGGGCCCACCUGCUGCUGGAAUGACCUGUCAGCUUGGGUUUCCUUUAGCACUGAAGAAGCACUUGCAAAGGUAUUUUAAAUGGGUACAUAGUAGCUAAUAGCAUCAGAUCCCUCCAGUUACUUUAAGCUUAAUCUCAUUCCUCUGUGUUGAUAACUGUUCUGCGCUUAAGAAUUUCCACUGCUACUGAACCACUCACAGGGUGGCGUAUGCUGGAGUAUGGUCAUCAUUCUACCUGUCUUAUAAUUAACUAGGCUGAAAUUAAAUAGCCCAUUAUAUUAAUAUUUUAUCUACUUCUAGCUUUUCUAGUCUCAUGUAUUACACAGCUCUUAAUAGCAGCUGGCAGAAGCAAGGGAUUUUUUUCCUUUCUUUCAAAUAGUCUGUUAAUCCUUUUUAUAAAAACAAAGGGUCCAAAUAUUGUAGUAGACUUGGUGUAAGUGAAGACAUGCACUUGGAAAUGCUACUUUCCUAGUCAUGAUCAUAUCUUAGGAUUAUAUGAGACACUGCUAAAAGUGCAUUAUGGGAGGGCUCCAGCACUGGAUUACUGGUAUUAGUAUUCUCAUACUAAAUCACACUUUAAUCAGUUCCAUUUCCUCACAAGUGGAACUGUUACUCAAGUGGACCCAUAACCAUGCAAACAGUUGUUGUAUUUUCAGUUGCUUCUAAUAGCACUUUGCAGCUAGAAGAGGGAAAGAAAAGACUGUGGAGCUGGGAGAGUGGAGAGGAAGAGUAAGGGCGGUCCGACUGUCUUCCCUCAGCCCAAGAGCAGUGAUGCAGCUGCACCAGCCUGUGCCACCAGCUAGCUUACCAGUGUAAACUGCUAGCACGUGGCAUUACAAUUAACAUAGCAUUAGAAUUAAAAGAUUAAAUCAUUAUCCACAAUUAAGUGGGUACAAAAUGUAAUAGUACCAAACCUGAGAGAUGCACAAACAAAACUCACAGAGAGCAAGCUGUCAAGUAAAGCAUGUGAGACUACAAGGUAUUACAAGUUGAGCAAAUCCUUAUCCUACACUAAAUUGGGUGAAAAAGAAUAACACUAAGGAUAUAUUUAAAGAAAUUAAUAUUUUAAAGCAAGUCGUAAGUUUGUCUUUGAAAGAAAAUCAAUGUAUACAUAUUUAUUCUGAAGACCCAAGAGGUCCGUUACAAAUACACGUAAACUAGUUCCCUUAAACUGACUUCUCCACUUGAGAGGUCAAAUUCAAGACAAAAUACUGUUUCUUCUGUUUUCUUCAGCAUUAAAGCUGCAUUCCCUGUUCUCCUGCCCUCCUCCCAAAGCAAAAAACAGUUGGUGGUCUUGACCAGUAUGGACCAUUGCUGCUAGGAUUACUUUAUUUGGAGUGGGAACAGUUAAUUUGGGGGAGAGCUUCUGGUAGGUUUAGAUGAGUUUCAACAAAAGGUAUGGAACUGAGAAUUAUGCACCUGAGUUGGGUGCAGGAGUGGCAAGGAAGAAUUUUGCUGGACUUCCUAAUUAAGGUGGCAGGUUUUAGUUAGUAUGAUUCUAGUACUACAUUAACAGUCUCAUAUGAGAUAAAUUAAAUUAGUAGCACACAUAUACAGGAGUUUCUCGUCAGCACAGAAGGGAAUGGAAUUACAUAGUCAAGCAAAAUACCUAAUACAGUGAAGUAUUUUGACUGGACAGAAGUGUUUUUAUCUCAGAUGUUCUUUGGUGUUUUGAAGAAGUUUAAUGUAUUAAUAGAUCCCAGCAAAUAGCUCCUACAAUUUAUAGAAAUGGGUAGCCUUGCAAAUUAAAUUUUCCAUGUGCUGUCCUCUUCGAUGUUUCUGGCAUGGUGCUCUUCUACAGCCAUUUUACUUAGAAGUGCUGGAUAGUAUUUAAAAGGAGCAGUACUAGCCUUGCCUUUCUCCGGUACUGCUUGUAGGAUGAGGUAUGGUAGGUCAGGGAGGUCUUACCACAUAGAUAGAUGCCUUUAUAAAGACCUACAAUUCUAUGCAACUUUCUAUUAACAAAUAAACAUUGAACUGUCUUCCAGCAUUGUGGUUCACUGCCAAUCUAUUUACGUUUUCUACCUUUAUAUACACAAGAAGGAUAAAACAGUGCUUAACAGAGCUUAAUCUGUAGUCUGUAAAAGAAACAGUAACACUAUUUGUAUCACUUUGAAGUGCACUUUGUAUAAAAGUUGAACCAAUAAAGGGUCUAUACCAUAACUGAUGCAGUUUUGUUCGCUUUUUUCCAUUACAGAAGUUUGAGUACCCUCUUUAUCAGAUGAAAUAGCAAAAUUUAGGUAUGCUGGCUGCACAGUGCAGGAAGUCAGGAAUAAAUGACAAUAUAGGGCCAGUGCAUUGGAAUAGGUAAGGCCGUAUUUUGCCAAAUAGAGGGAGUAUAUAGCAAUAAACAAGGCAGGUGUUGAAUCAAACACUAUC